AUGAGUAAGUUCAAAACUAUUGAUACAUUUUUUAAAAGAAAAGAUCAAGAGAAUGAAGAUGCUUCUACUAUUACUACUCCAAUACUUGAGGGGUCAUCAAAUUUCAUUACUUCAAGUUCUUCAUUGAAUAGCUCAAAGCGUCCACGACUUCUUCCAAAUCAACUGGAUGUUUUUCGUUUGGAAAGAGAUCCUGGAAUGCGACCAAUGAUUUGGAAGUUUCCUCCAAAUAAAAGAGAUGAAAUCCGUCGGGCUUAUAUUAAAGUUGGGCCAAAUCAACCAAUUCUUGAUAAUUAUCCAUUUUCUGGUGAUAAAAGUCAUUGUCGCUUUCAAGCUUCAUGGUUUAAAUUGUUUCCAUCUUGGUUAGAAUAUUCUAUAGAAGAUGAUGCUAUAUAUUGUUUUCCGUGCUUUCUUUUUGCUAAGGAACCUUCAAUCAAUACGGGUUCAAAUGCUUUUAUUGAGAAUGAUUUCAGGAAUUGGAAGAAAGUAAAUAGUGGAAAAGAAUGUGCUCUUUUGAAUCACAUUGGCAAAGGUCCUAACUCAUUCCAUCAUAAGGCGCUGAAAUCAUGUGAUGAUUUGAUGAAACAAUCACAACAUAUUGACAGACUUCUUCAUAAGCAAACAUCAGAAGAGAUUGAAAAGAAUCGAAUUCGACUAGGAGCAUCUAUAGAUUGCAUUAGAUGGUUGACAUUUCAAGGUUGUGCAUACAGAGGACAUGAUGAAAGCCAAAGUUCAAGCAACAGAGGUAACUUUUUGGAAAUGUUGAAAUUUUUGGGAUCUUACAAUGAAAGAGUGAAAAAGAAUGUUUUGGAAAAUACUCCAAAAAAUGCUAAGUAUACUUCAAAUGAUGUCCAAAAAGAAAUUCUACAUAUUCUUGCUACUAAGGUGAGAAAUUCAAUUAGAGAAGAGAUUGGAGAUGCCAAAUUUUGUAUUAUUGUUGAUGAAGCUAGAGAUGAAUCUAAAAAGGAGCAAAUGGCCAUUGUUUUGAGAUUUGUUACUCUAGAUGGUUUUGUUAAAGAGAGAUUUUUUGAUCUUGUGCAUGUCACUAAUACUUGUGCAACAACUUUAAAGAAAGAAUUGAUUUCUGUCCUUUCUCAUUAUAAUCUCCAAGUUGAAAAUAUUAGGGGUCAAGGGUAUGAUGGUGCUAGCAACAUGCGGGGUGAGUGGAAUGGUUUGCAAGCUUUGUUUCUUAAAGAUUCUCCACAAGCAUACUAUGUGCAUUGUUUUGCUCAUAGGUUACAAUUAGCAUUGGUGGCAGCUUCAAGAGAGGUACUUCAAAUUCAUGAAUUUUUUACUCAAUUAAACUCUAUUGUCACUAUUGUUAGUGCUUCUUCAAAAAGACAUGAUCAAUUACAAGAAGCUCAACCAAUUGAAAAUGCAAACUUGGUUGCUCAAAAUAAAUUAGAAACAGGCAAAGGUGCGAAUCAAAUAAGCACUUUACAAAGAGCUGGGGAUACUCGAUGGAGCUCUCACUUUAAUUCUAUUUGCAGUUUAGUAAAAAUGUUUACUGCUACCAAUAUUGUUCUCAAUAAUAUCAUUGAAGACGGGACAACUUAUGCACAAAGAGGUGAGGCUUAUGGUAUUAGUAAAAUAUUAUUGUCAUUUGAAUUUAUUUUCACUUUGCACUUGAUGAAAGAGAUUAUGGGAAUUACUAAUGUUCUUUGCCAAGCACUGCAAUAA